CUCCGAAUGUUGUCCUCUUCAGAGAGAGACAACCUUCACCUGGAGGUUCGGAGACAGCUCAGUGACCUCCAUACUGAGGAGGCCACCACUGAAGGACCUGCGCCCAAGAAAGCUGCAGUUGACUUUGAGGAGUGGGAAAAUGUACCUGUGGCAGAUGCCACGGACAAAGUCAAGAUGUACUCGACUCAUAAUCACGCAAUGCAGGAUGACAGAGAUGUUUUGGGCUGGUGGAGAGAUCAGCAACUCAACUACCCGAAGCUUAGUGUCCUUGCCCGCGGCAUCCUUGCCAUUCCAGCCAGCAGCAGUAGCAGUGAGCGCAACUUCAGCGCUGCUGGCAGGGCCAUCGAGCAGAGGAGGACAGCCUUGAAGCCAUCCACCGUUGAUGCAAUCCUUUUUCUGCAUAAGAACAUGGAUUGGCCUAAACUUUGAUGAAUGGAUUAUGUAAAUAGAUCCCAUGUUGCAGUUUAGUCUAUACAGUUUUCGAGGAAAAUGGUAAGAGUGAUUUUCAUGUCAAUAAGCUCCAUUUGUGAUACGUUAAUGUUAUCGCUGGGG